CAAUUGGCUGUAGAGAUCUGGCUUAGAUCCAAUAAGUGGUCUCCAUAUAACAGAGCGGAGCACAGAGAAAAUUCAAAAAGGAAAAGGAAUCGUUCAUGGUGGUGGAUUAACCCUGUGAAGCUAUACUAAAGAGUCCAAACCAUGUGUAAAGGAUUAGCUGCCCUGCCUCAGACAUGUCUGGAAAGGGCUAAAGGGAUCAAGACUAAGUUGGGAACUCUGCUCCAGAAGCCAGAGAAUGCCAUUGACCUCAUCAUCCCAUACCCUGAAAAGCCUGAGAAGAAACCAGAAAAGCUUCAGAAGCCAAACCCUGAAGAGGUUGCCCAGUGGGGCCAGUCUCUGGACCGAGUUCUCACCAACAGUUAUGGCCUUGCUACAUUCAGGAACUUCCUGAGAUCUGAGUUCAGCGAGGAGAAUAUUGAGUUCUGGUUGGCUUGUGAGGAUUUUAAGAAGACCAAGUCUCCACUGAAAAUGGCCACCAAAGCCAAGAAGAUUUAUGAAGACUUCAUUCAGACUGGUGGAAACAAAGAGGUGAACAUUGACCAUUUCACCAAAGACGUGACUCUGAGGAAUCUGGUUGACCUUUCCGCUACCACCUUCGACCUGGCUCAGAGCCGCAUCUACACCCUGAUGGAGAGGGAUUCCUUUGGCCGCUUCUUCAGAUCUGAGCAGUACCAAGAGCUCAUCAAGUAAACACAAUUGUCCAGCUGUAGGGAGACAAAAACACAAACACAUCCAAGAUCGUGUGGAUUUGGUAAUUACUUUAGAAAUCCACCUUUACAAAUCCAAUUAUAAUUUGUCGAUUAUUUUACUUUACAGAUAAUAUAGGAACCUCAAAAUCAAUCUGACUACAAAAAAAUUAUAUUUGAAUCUUCCAGAAUUUUGAAAAUAAAUAGUCUCCCUACAGCUAUGGUCAAGAACUUGUUGAUGACCAAAAGACCAAUUAUUUUUCUCUUUAAAAAAAAAUGGCAAAACAUUGUUAAACAUUCAAAUUGUACCCAUGCAUAAUGCUAACAUUUUAGAAGUACUGUUCACAGUUUGUUUUGCAUGACCAGUUAGCUGGAACUCUAUUUAGUUCCCUGUCUACUAAAUAAAAUGGAAAAUCCUAGUCAGACUAAUUCCCAAUUGUAAUUCAUUAGACUAGACUAUAUUUGUGAAGAGGACAUCCUGCCCUCUGAGGUGAUGGGAGCAAAUGAGGAGUACUUUUUCUAGGAAUAGUCUACAUUUAUGUUAAAACUCAUGUGUAAAAGUGAUGGGGAGUUGGGGGGAGGGGGGAAACAGACUUAAGCCCUGAAAGGCCCAUCAUCAUUCAAAGUAAAAGAAGAGAGGGACGUGUUUAAAUGCGCUGAGUUCCUGGGAAAAGCCAGAGAGGAGGCUUGUUGUGGUGUGUACGUUGCUAAGAUGGGAAAAUCAAGUAGGAGUGGAUCUCCAUAAAGCAUUGGAAAACAUUUUUUUUUUUAUACAGAGGGACAGCUUUCCCAAGGAAGUAUAAGGAAUAAUCACAAAAAAAGUAUUAGUGUAUCUUGAUUUAAGCAAAACCCAAAUGUCUCUUUCAAGACAAUUAUAAUCACUAUUAUUAUUAUUAUUAUUAUUAUUAUUAUUAUUAUUAUUAUUAUUAUUAUUAUUAUUAUGUCAUUAUAAAUGACUGUCUUUCUCCUUAAUACGUUGCAUGCCCUUGACAUGAGCAGCUAAUCUUAAUUAUAGACACGUUGCCUACAAUUUUUUGAGUACAUGAUAUCCGUAUGUAUGAAAUUAUUUCCCUUAUUAAACUUUGCAUGUGUGAAUCUCACCAUAUGCACAUACAGUAUACUAUUGCAUGUUUUGUUUUGUUUUUCACCAAUUUAUUGUUCAAUAAAAACACAGUAUAUAGCAUUAUAUGCAGUAAUAGGUGGUCCAUAAGUCCUUAUUGUUAUGCCACAUAAAACUAAAAUAUUAGAAUACCUCAGGUCAGGAAAACAUGAAUUAUUAUUUUUUUUUAAUUAUAAAAAACAUCUAUUGGUUUUUGGAGUAUUGGUACAGAUUUUUUUUUCUCAGAGAAAAUCACAUCAGAUUUAAUUCAAAUGGCUACUAAGGACUUAUAGUACACCUCUCAUUUAAAAGUAAAUCUAAGCAAAUACAUGUUUUUGUACUACUGUAGCCACACAUAAAAUGUAUAAGUGCAUUAAAGUUGUGAACACCUA